AUGGAGCAAGCUCCCGAGAACAAUCGCCGCGACGAUUCGGGGAACCACGACAGGAAGCGCAAGCGCGAUGACCGUGGUGGACGCGGGCGCGGCGGCAGGCCCUUACAACACGGCAGCCAUCAACAUAAGAAAAGAAGUAUGGGGCGUAAGGAGCAUAACCGCGAGCAACUAGACAGGCGCGGGCGCAAUGCGGAACAGCAGGACAGGAAUAAGCAGAAGGCAGAGAAAGGCGAGAGUACGGCCCCGGCGCUACCCUCAGCGUUUCCCGCGGAAGAGAUCGAAGCUGAAGAACGACGACCCAAGAAAAAGGUCGCUGUCAUGAUUGGAUAUUCUGGGACCGGCUACAAGGGCAUGCAGAUCGAUAACAAGCAGAAGACCAUUGAGGGCGACUUGUUCAAUGCCUUCGUCAAGGCUGGCGCCAUAUCCAAGGCGAACGCAGACGAUCCGAAGAAGUCCUCGCUAGUGCGGUGCGCGCGAACCGACAAGGGUGUGCAUGCCGCUGGCAACGUGAUCUCGCUGAAGUUGAUCGUCGAAGAGGAGGAUAUCGUCGAGAAGAUCAACAGUAAUCUAUCUGAACAGAUCAGAGUUUGGGGCAUACAACGGACGACAGGAUCUUUCAGCUGCUACCAAGCAUGCGACUCGCGGUGGUACGAGUACUUGAUACCCACGCAUACAUUUCUGCCUCCACAUCCAUCUAGCCAUCUUGGAAAGAAACUCGAAGAGCUUGCUGAGAAAGAGGGUGACCUGGAAGAGUAUCGGAAGCGCCAGGCCGAGGUUGCGAACUUCUGGCCAGAGGUGGAAGAGAAAACCAUCAAGCCAAUCCUGGAGACACUGGACGACUCGAUAAGACCGCUUGUAGAAGAGGCCCUGUACAGCGUAGAUGCGGUUGACGCUCCAAGAGACGAUGAUCCCGCUAUCGAGGCGGCCAUCGAGACUGAGCAAAAGCCUACCGAGCCGGCGGUAGACGCUGAAAUCUCAGUCGAAACAGCAGACGCAAAAGAGAACACCAAUGAAGACACUGGGAACAAGGUAUCAAUUGAGCCGACAAAUCAAGAGGUGAAGGAAACACUGGAUACCAUCCAGAAACAACAACCAGACAUAAACCUCAACUCCGAGACUGAUGGCUCGAUGACUCUCCCAGAAUCCGACGUCAACAAGCACGCCCUGGAAGCCGCCGUCAAAGUCCUCAAAAAAGCCUACCUAGAGGCAAAGAAAGCUUACCGCAUCUCGCCCGAGCGCCAAGCGCGCGUUCAAGCAGCCCUAAAUCAAUAUGUAGGCACUCACAAGUUCCACAACUACACCAUCCAGAAGAAAUUCAACGACCGCUCUGCGCAGCGCUACAUCAAGUCGUUCAAAGUUGAAGAGAAUCCCAUCAUCAUCAACGACACCGAGUGGCUGUCGCUCAAGGUGCAUGGACAAAGCUUCAUGAUGCACCAGAUCCGCAAGAUGGUCGGCAUGGCUGCGCUUACGGUGCGCUGCGGCACGCAUCCCAACAUCUUCAAGUUGUCGUUUGAGAACAAUGUCGUGCGGAUCCCAAAGGCGCCUGGUCUGGGUCUACUGCUGGAAAGACCAGUGUUCGACUCGUACAACGAAAAGCAAGCUAAACAGGCUGGACGGGAGAACAUUGAUUUUUCGAACUACGAGAAGCAGAUUGCAGAUUUCAAGGAGCGGGAGAUUUACCAGCGCAUAUUCAGGGAAGAAGCACACGGGAACCAGUUCAACUCUUUCUUCACGCACCUGGACAAUUAUCGGGAUCCGAUCUUCUUGUACCUGACCUCCGGCGGGUUAGAAGCGACGAAGAAGCUAAACAACAAGUCUUUGCAGGGGCAAUUCGAGGAAUCAGAGGACGAGAAUGCGUCAGGUGGCGAGGGCUGA